UUGUCCUUCAGGUUCCCCCUAAAGGACUCAAAGCGUUUGAUCCAGUGGUUAAAAGCUGUUCAGAGGGACAACUGGACCCCUACUAAGUAUUCUUUCCUCUGUAGUGAACAUUUCACCAAAGACAGUUUCUCCAAAAGGCUGGAGGAUCAGCACCGCCUGCUCAAGCCCACGGCUGUGCCCUCCAUCUUCCACCUGACUGAAAAGAAGAGGGGGUCUGGGGGCCAUGGCCGCAGCAGGAGAAAGAACACCAGAAAGGCCUCAGGGGGCCUGAGGGGACGUGCAAGUGAAGCCGACGGGAAAGGGGCUGCAGGUUCACCAUCAUCCUCGAGUGAGAACCUGAUGGCCAAGCCAGAGUCCCGCAAGUUGAAGCGAGCUGCCCUGCAGAGUGAAGCUGCCAAUCAGGAGCAGGCACAACAGGCUAUGCAGGGACCUCCAGGCAACUCUCUGGCCACAACAGCAUCAGGCAGCCUGGCAGAAGCAAACAGGCCUACAUGUGACACUGGGGACGAGAGCAGCACCACCCCUGACGAGGACCUGGUGGAUAAGAGUGGCAUUUCCAUGGAUGACUUUACCCCCCCAGGAUCUGGGGCCUGCAAAUUCAUUGGCUCACUUCAUUCUUACAGUUUCUCCUCCAGGCACACCCGAGAAAGGCCAUCUGUCCCUCGGGAGCCUGUGGACCGGAAGAGGCCGAAGAGAGACACAGAGCCUGGCUGCAGUGGGACCAGCCUGGGGCCUGACAAGGGCCUGGCCCAGAGCCCCCCGAGUUCAUCUCUGACCGCGACACCGCAGAAGCCCUCCCAAAGCCCCUCUGCACCCCCAACAGAUGUCACCCCGAAGCCGGCCGCGGAGGCUGUGCAGAGCGAGCACAGCGAUGCCAGCCCCAUGUCCAUCAAUGAGGUCAUUCUGUCGGCGUCGGGGGCCUGCAAGCUCAUCGACUCGCUGCACUCCUACUGCUUCUCUGCAAGGCAGAACCGGAGCCGGGCCUGCUGCCUGCGGGAGCAGGUGGAGAGGAAGAACGGGGAGCUCAGGAGCCUGCGCCAGCGCGUCAGCCGCUCCGACAGCCAGGUGCGCAAGCUGCAGGAGAAGCUGGACGAGCUGCAGAGAGGAGGCAUGCCAUACCCGAGCAGCCUGCCUGCCCCCAGCUGCGAGCCCCCCAAGAUGAACCCAGUGGUGGAGCCCCUGUCCUGGAUGCUGGGCACCUGGCUGUCAGACCCGCCGGGAGCCGGGACCUUUCCAACACUGCAGCCUUUCCAGUACCUGGAGGAGGUUCACAUCUCCCACGUGGGCCAGCCCAUGCUCAACUUCUCGUUCAACGCCUUCCACCCGGACACACGGAAGCCCAUGCACAGGGAGUGCGGCUUCAUCAGGCUGGAACCCGACACCAACAAGGUGGCCUUCGUCAGCGCUCAGAACACAGGCAUCGUGGAGGUGGAGGAGGGCGAGGUGAACGGGCAGGAGCUGUGCGUCGCAUCCCACUCCAUCGCCAGGAUCUCCUUCGCCAAGGAGCCCCACGUGGAGCAGAUUACCCGAAAAUUCAGGCUGAAUUCCGAAGGCAAACUUGAGCAGACAGUUUCCAUGGCAACCACUACCCAGCCCAUGACUCAGCAUCUUCACAUCACCUACAAGAAGGUGACCCCGUGACCCACAGCAGAGCUUCAUCCUGGCCUUGUGUCGAGCUGUGACACCCUGCUUCUCACAGACUCCACAGCAGCAGGUGUGGGUGUUGCCCCGUGUUCCUGUAAUGGCAUAGAAAAACCAAAUAAAAGGCCUUUAUUUUUAUGGCUGAGCACUUUGAUAUUA